AUGUCGAAACAAUAUUUGACCACACACACUGUGGACAAUGGUGAGCUGGCUCGAUAUUUGGAGCUCAUGGUUUUCGAGCGGGACUUUGUUGCCGAUCUGGCGGGCGACUCCGGCAAAGAGCAACAGAUAGCAAACGAGCAUUUCAUGCUUUACCCCGCAGUUCCCAUCACACAGUCCAUCAGCGGCGCGCACAAGCUAGGCUGCCAUCAUAUUUGCACCUCGCGCAAUGGCCUGGUCGCUGCCAGCGCGGGCUUCGCCGGCGAAGUGAAGAUUUGGGUCGUCGACAAGGACACGAGCGAGUGGAAGCUGCAUUCAGAGAUCACGAACCAAGCGGCCAAGGCUGGCGAGGUGUGGGCCAUUGCCCUCAGCGAGGAUGGCAAGUUCCUCGCGGGAACAACCUACGACGGCCGCGUAAACGUCUGGGACACCAGUGAAGAGGGAACGCCCAAGAUCAGAGAGUAUGAGACGGGUAGCCCGGGCACGGGAAGUUUUGGGAUGUCAGUCGACUUAAGCCGGGAUGGGAAGUACACCGCGAGUGGCCACGAGAACGGUGCUGUCUACGUAUUCAACAAUGACACCGGACGGCUGUUGUUCUCAUUGCCCAGUUUGGUCAAGUCCGUUCGUGCUGUAGCAUUCUCUCCUGGGAACACGAGACUUGCUGCUGCAGGAGACGCAUCCAUCAUUGCACUCUAUGACAUCAAGAACGGCGAGCAGGUCAGCAACCUGACAGGCCAUGCUUCUUGGAUCACCUCUAUCGACUGGAACGACACCGGCGAAUACGUGCUCAGUGGCGCCAUGGAUGGCAAGGUCAAGGUAUGGUCUGUCGAGCGCAGCGCCUGUGUCGCAACGCACAGUGAGACGGACAAGGCACUAUGGGCUGUCAAGUGGCUUCCGAAGACCGGAAAGAACGAGUCUUUCUGUACAGCGGGCGCUAACCGAAGCAUCUCCUUCUACAGAGAAGCUACUGGAGCAUAG